UUCCCUUGCGUUUCUGUGGGUAAGGUUGUCGGUUUCAACCGAAAUUUUCUGUCUUUGUUCCGUAAACUAGUUUUGGUUCUGUUUUCGAUUAUCCAAAAGGUUUCGGUUUGUUCUUGCGAAAUUUUGCCUAUUGGUGACCUUAAUAACUGGCGAAACCGACAACCCUAUUCCAAUGGGAUUUUGUGACUGUGGUCAUAGCGGAGUUUUUCUUCCAAGUCAUAGCGGAGUUCUUAGUGGGGGGUAGAUCCACGAAUCUCCUGGCCCUUUGUUUUUCGUGAUUCAGGCCCAGUUCAAUGGACCAAAUUUCGGUACUCCGGUUGGAUCUUCCAUUGAAUUAAAUGAUGGGGUGAGGGGCAAAACGCGGUCUUACAAAAAUGGUUCGGACAAAUCCUUGCGCCAAAAUGACCCCCAACCCAUUAAAAAUGAACUGAACCCGUCUCUUUCGAUCUCUACUGUUCAAUUUUCUCAAAACAGAUAGAAUAAAUCAUGCAACUAUUUGUGAAGACUCUCGAAGGGAAGACUCUAAUCUUCGAUGUUGACGCUUCCGAUACCGUUGAACAUGUCAAAUCUAAAAUUCAAAAUUUGGAGAAUACUCCCGUGGAGGAGCAACGCUUGAUUUGUGCUGGUGUACAGUUCCAAGAUGGAAACACUUUGGCUGAUUACAAGUUGGAGGAACAUUCGACUGUUCAUCUGUCGCUUAGCUUGCUUGGUGGUGGUAAGAAGCGUAAGAAGAAGCAGUACACUGGACCCAAAAAGCAGAAGCAUGUCCGCAAGAAGGUCAAGUUGGCUGUUCUCAAGCUUUAUAAGAUUGAUGACAACGGUCAAAUUCAACGUCAACGUAUUGAAUGUAAUUCUGCCACUUGUGGUGCUGGGAUUUUUAUGGCUAAACACAAGGAUAGACAUUAUUGUGGAAAGUGUCAUCAAACUUUGACUGAGAAGAAGGGUUGA